AUGUCGAAUCGUGGUGGUUACGGUGGCGCUGGUCGUGGCGGAAGAGGGCCUCGUUCUGACCAGAAACAAAACCCGUCUUCUAGUGCGGUGGUCGGAAGGAAAGUUCAAGCCGUCGACGUCGCUUCGUCGUCUUCUUCAUCAAUGUCCGUACAAGAGAAAACCAAUGUCUCUGAGUCCAAAGACUCUGCUUCGGCUCUUAGUCUCGACUUAGCAGAGAAAGUCCAGAUUACUCCGACGACGACGACGAAUCUUCCACCGGCGUCUUCAAAAGCAGUGACCCACCCGCUCCGGCCAGGGUUUGGUCAAGCAGGGAAGAAAAUCACUGUUCGUGCGAAUCACUUCCUUGUUCAAGUCGCAAAUCGAGAUCUUUACCACUACGAUGUUGCAAUAAGUCCUGAGGUGAUAUCGAAGAAAGUGAACAGAGACGUGAUGACAACUCUGGUUCGCAACUAUGGAGAGUCACACUUGGCUCAGAAGAUUCCUGCGUAUGAUGGAAGAAAGAGCCUUUACACUGCUGGACCACUACCAUUUGAAUCUAAAGAGUUUGUUGUUGAUUUGAAGGAUAAAAAAGUUGAUGGGUCGUCAUCAAGGAAGGAAAGACAGUUCAAAGUUGUUAUAAAGAUGGCUUCGAGGCCUGAUCUUUAUCAGUUACAAGAGUUCCUCCGCCGUAAACAAAGAGAUGCUCCAUAUGAAACUAUCCAAGUGCUCGAUGUUGUUCUCAGAGAUCUGCCAUCUCAAGAGUAUGUUGCUGUUGGGAGGUCUUUUUUCGACCCUAGUUUGGGAAAGAGAGGUGAGCUUGGUGAUGGUAUUGAGUAUUGGAGCGGUUACUUCCAAAGUCUUAGGCUGACUCAGAUGGGGUUGUCUCUUAACGUUGAUGUGUCAGCUAGAUCUUUUUAUGAACCGGUGUUCGUCACUGAGUUUAUUGGCAAGUACUUGUAUAUCAGGGACUUUAACAGGCCACUUACUGACUCAGAUCGAGUCAAGGUGAAGAAAGUUCUGAGGAACCUAAAAGUUGAAUUGGCACAUUUUAACUUUGCAAGAAGUUCCAAGAUCAGUGGGAUUUCUAGCUGUCCCAUCAGUCAACUUAGUUUCACUCUUGAGGACAAUACCCAGACGACAGUUAUACAGUAUUUUGCUGAGAGAUACAACUAUAGGGUGAAAUACCCGUCACUGCCUGCUAUCCAAUCAGGGAGUGACUCAAAGCCUGCUUACUUGCCGAUGGAGCUCUGUCGAAUAGCUGAAGGUCAGCGAUACACCAAACGGCUUAAUGAGAAGCAAGUGACUGCGAUGCUAAAAGCUACUUGCCAACGACCUGUAGAAAGAGAGAAUGCGAUCAAAGGGAUGGUCAAGGAUAAUAAAUUUAACAAGAGCAAGCUUGUCAGCGAGGAGUUUGGGAUGUCAGUGACUGAACAGCUAUCCUCGGUUGAGGCUCGUGUACUUCCUCCUCCAAUGUUGAAAUAUCAUGAAAGUGGUAAAGAAAAAAUGGUGAAUCCAAGAUUGGGACAGUGGAAUAUGAUUGACAAGAAAAUGAUUAAUGGAGCAAGAGUUGCUUCUUGGACUUGUGUAAGCUUCUCUACGCGGAUUGACCGUAAUUUACCCCAGGAUUUCUGCAGACAAUUGAUUGGGAUGUGCGUCAGCAAAGGAAUGGAAUUUAACCCACAACCUGCUAUUCCCUUCAUCUCUUGUCCACCUCAAAGAAUUGAGGACGCCCUAAGGGAUAUUCACAAAAGAGCAACCGGUCUUCAACUGUUGAUUGUCAUAUUGCCCGAUCAAUCUGGAUCAUAUGGAAAGAUCAAAAGGAUAUGUGAAACGGAGCUGGGGAUUGUUUCCCAGUGUUGUCAACCAAAUCAAGCUCGUAAACUGAACAAGCAGUAUAUGGAAAACGUCGCAUUGAAGAUUAAUGUCAAGGCUGGGGGACGAAAUACGGUUCUUGAUGAUGCUAUUAGAAGAAGAAUUCCCUUGAUUAGUGACCGCCCGACCAUAAUCAUGGGUGCUGAUGUGACUCACCCGCAACCUGGAGAGGACUCGAGUCCUUCUAUUGCUGCUGUUGUUGCUUCGAUGGACUGGCCAGAAAUAACCAAAUACCGAGGACUGGUUUCCGCUCAGGCUCAUAGGGAGGAAAUCAUUCAGGACCUGUACAAGCUGGUUCAGGAUCCUCAACGAGGGUUAGUCCACUCUGGUUUGAUAAGGGAACAUCUCAUCGCAUUCAGGAAGGCUACAGGUCAAAAACCUCAUAGGAUCAUAUUCUACCGCGAUGGUGUAAGUGAAGGGCAAUUUAAUCAGGUGCUGCUCCAUGAGAUGACUGCUAUACGCAGAGCUUGUAAUUCUCUUGAAGAGGGUUAUGUUCCACGUGUCACGUUUGUCGUCGUUCAGAAACGACACCACACUCGCUUGUUUCCUGCUCAACACGGCAAUCGUGAUAUGACCGAUAAAAGUGGCAAUAUUCUGCCAGGAACCGUCGUCGACAGCAAAAUCUGUCACCCGACAGAGUUCGACUUUUACUUGAACAGCCACGCUGGUAUACAGGGGACAAGCAGGCCUGCUCAUUACCAUGUGCUUCAUGACGAGAAUGGUUUCUCAGCUGAUGCAUUGCAAAUGCUCACCAACAACCUUUGCUACACGUUUGCGAGGUGCACAAGAUCUGUCUCAAUCGUUCCACCGGCUUACUAUGCACACUUGGCUGCUUUUAGAGCUCGUUACUACAUGGAAAGUGAGAUGUCUGAUGGAGGUUCUAGCAAGAGCAGGAACACGACUACAAGUACUGCUCCUGUUGUUUUACAUCUCCCGGCAAUCAAGGAUAACGUCAAGGACGUUAUGUUCUACUGCUGA